CUCAGCAUCGGCUCGCUGGUUGCCUGGAUGUUUCGAGCUGCGGUUUACUGCAACACAAAGAAACCGUCGGUAUGUUGGUGAAACAUUUGUAACAGGGUGGCAAUAACGUUGUUGUCAAGGGCGGAAAAAAGGAGAGGCAUUGGCUUUUGUUAUUUCAAAGAGGAAUCAACUGAGCAAAGUGUCGUUUGGUAACGAGGAGAGUUUCUGUUCGUCAGUCUGCCGGCUGGUGUCUUCCUUUCUGUGUGUUCUUGCGGUUUCUCCCUGCUGACCGGUUGGAGUUCAUGUGUGUAUUGUUUGGAUAUGUGGACUCAGACUGAGCAGCUACAUACAAGGAGAUGAGAGAAGAGUAAUUAGAGAUUCACCGAGUGGCAGCAACUCUUAAUGAAGACAUUUGUGGCAUGAAACCAGGUCACAUUCACCUUCCAUUCAUCAUUUUCUCCUCCUUCAUCUCCCUCCAUCACUUUACAGUUAGGAACUCUCACCUCAGCUUUACCGCAUUGAUGAGGUAACGUCAAGCUCCCCGCACAGCACCACCCGCCUACUACACCACCUUUCCCCCUUUCUCCCCCUUCUUUUGGUCAACCCGUCCAGAAACCAUGGGCCAGAAAAUUUCUGGGAGUAUUAAAUCGGUGGAUGGUCGCGGGGAAAAUGGUGGCUCCCCGUCAUACCGACCCACGGCUCAUCGCCGGCAGCAUCUAGAGCUAAGGGGUCCAGAUUUUUCCAAACCUCCCAGGCUAGAUCUACUACUAGACAUGCCUUGUGCUGGACUAGAAACACAGCUCCGUCAUGCAUGGAACCCCGAUGACCGCUCGCUGAACAUCUUUAUCAAAGAGGAUGAUAAGUUGACAUUUCACCGCCACCCAGUUGCCCAGAGCACAGACUGCAUCAGAGGACGGGUCGGAUACACACGGGGUCUUCAUGUGUGGAAGAUCCACUGGCCUGCCCGGCAGCGAGGCACCCAUGCUGUGGUUGGCGUGGCAACCACUGAUGCUCCUUUACAUUCUGUUGGGUACACAGCACUAGUGGGUUCAGACUGUGAGUCCUGGGGCUGGGAUCUGGGGCGUAACAGGCUCUAUCAUGAUAGUAAGAACCGCACCCACAGCUCUCUGCCCACAUACCCAAGUUUCCUGGAGCCAGAGGAGACUUUCACCCUACCAGACUCUUUGCUAGUCAUUCUGGACAUGGACGAAGGAACAUUAAGCUUUAUGGUGGAUGGACAGUAUCUAGGAGUGGCAUUUAGAGGCCUGAAAGGAAAGAAGUUGUAUCCCAUCGUAAGCGCUGUGUGGGGACAUUGUGAGAUAUCCAUGAAGUAUAUCAACGGCUUGGAUCCUGAGCCUUUACCCCUGAUGGACCUGUGUCGACGUGCAGCCCGCCUGGCGUUGGGUCGGGACCGCCUUCAGGAGAUCGAGGGCCUUCCUCUGCCCCAGUCCCUCAAGAAUUACCUCCAGUACCAGUGACUGACACUAGCAAAGCCAACUGGGACAACAAGGACACACAGCAGGCCAUCAGAGAGUCUACAGAUGGAUGAUGACAGAGUAGGUGAUUGACUGAAGAACACUGGAAGCACCACGGCUCACAGGACGGAGACUGCGCUGGCGGAUGAACUGAUGAAAUUUCUGGCUUUUAAACAAAGAAUUGGACAGCACCAGCUUCCUUUUGAUUUUAAGCUGCUUAUUCAUUUAUUUUGGACUUGAAAUAAAUUAUUGAUGACAGUGUCCCUUCAGUGUUUCACUCAUCCAGACUGAAAGCCCACUCUCUCAAUGCACAGUGUGGUUAAGUGGCGAAUGUCACAGUGGUAAACAACCACCACCACCUAGUGGCAAGAGUAAGUACAGCACAGAGAAAGCACACUAGCCCAAUCCAUGGAGGCCUUUCUGACAUCCAGUCAGUGAGCAUAUCAUUACUGCAGGUGUCUGUUCAUUAAGAUGAUACAUGCUCAAAAGGAUUUUGGUAUUAAUGUUGUUUUUUUAUGUGACUGACUGGGCCCAUACACAAGCUCACACUGCAUACAGAGUAGAUUUAGACCUGUAAGGUGUGUGCAGUUUAGUUUACUGAAAGCUAAGCCCUUUUCAGACAUGUAACAUGACUGAUAUUUCUGUUCAAAUCCUGGCUUUUUAAUUUCAAACUUGGGAUGUUCAUAAUUGACUGUAAUCAUGUUGUGUGCAUGAACUUGGCAUCUGAUGCAGCAGCGAGUACAUGAAGCCAAACAGGCUUGUUUUUGUUCAGUUUCCAGCAAUGAUCAUUAAAUAAUUUCUCCUACUUCUUAAUUAAUGAUCACUGUUAGUAAUGAGUCAACAGUUCUUACUCAGUGAUUACAAAACAUAAUUAGGUAAAAUAUUCUAGCCCACUGCUUGUUUUAUGGCCUUUAAUUAGCAAACAAGAGUAGAACAAGACUUUACUUUAGGAAUGUAUAUUAGGGCAGCCACCCCGAAUAAAAGUGGACAAAUUAGGGAAGUCUUUAUUGCUGUGUUGUUAAUAUUACAAACACACUGAAACUUGUAAUAGCUCAUUCGGUGAUUCAUCUUCUGUUGUUUAUGCGUAUCAGUGGCAAUUAAUCUCAAAUAUUUCUCUAUUUUUUCUAACUUGAAAUAUUCAGAACUAAUUACGAGGAAGAAAAGAAAUCCUAUUAAUCCAUUCCCUCAGAAUGCUGUGGGUGUAGUUAUGUUAAAUGACAACAACCCACAAGCUGUCAUCAUUUUUAUGCAUCAAUCAGGCCCAAUAGAUGUGUGGUGUCACAGUCAGAGGGAUAUUUCAAGAUUCAUCUCUGAUGUCAGAUGAUGUAAACAGUUCAAUUUGUGGAAGAAAAUAAUUUUCAAAUAAUUAGAAACUAUGCUGCUGCGGUACAUAUGAUUCACUUUUUGUCUUGUAGAAAUAUGACCGGGAUUGAUGCUUUAAAAUGGCCAUUAUAGUGUUUUAUUAUCAGAUGCAUGUGUGAAAUGGGCUUUAUUUAAGAAUGAGACCAGGUAAAUCAUUUGUUUGUGUUUUUUUUAAAGUGGUGGUUCACUGCACUGCAAAGCAUUCCUCACACAACACUAACUCAUUUAUGAUGAUGUCAAACAACAACCAAAGUAUUUUAUUCUAAUCUGUGGGGUGUAAACAUGUAUGAAAGUUGUAGGCCACAGUCCUAGUGUCAAUAAACUGCUGGCACAAUGACACGGCUGCUGUUUGCAGCGCCCUGCUGUAGCUCCCUGGUAGCAGAUAGUGUGUGUCUGCUCUCCACAUAACUGUCUUAAUUACCCCAAAUGACAAACGAGAAGGACCAGUGCAGAUCUAGUCUUACUGGAUCUACAAGGAAGACUCACGACAGACGUGUUGUUGGGUCAGAGGAGGAUACGGAUAACCAAUGCACAAACACACCCUGAAGACCAAUCAUGUUUUAUUUCCUAAAAAUGGCUUGAGUCACUUUUUAAAUUUUUGUUUGUUUCCUCCAUUAUAAUUAUUGAGUUUGCUGGGUCUGAUGGUAGACUGUUUAUUUAACUAGUUCUGUGUUUGUUUUGUUUGACUGAUCGUUGAUGGUUACAUUCAGGUUAAUGUAAUACAAAGAUGCUGGUGAUGAAGGGAGGGAGAAAUCAAUUUGUGUCUUUAAUGCUGCUUUCAUUAUUAUUAUUAUUAUUAUUAUUAUUAUUGUUAUUGUUAUUAUUGUUAUCAUUUGCGAUGGCGAUGGUCUUACCUCCUGUCUUUACCAGUGUAGAUGGGGAGCGCAGGACCAUUUAAUGAGAGUAGUAGAAUGUAUGGACAGACGGUGCAGCUGACAUGUCAACAGAUAUGAAAUGUGAAUAAAGCCAA